AUGGAGUCAAUCUUUACACUCUUAAACAUCAUAAUAGCCAUUGCAAAUUCAUGCAGGGCACAGGAAAAGACUUGUAGCAUACAUGGAGAGCCUACAUACCCACAGCUAUGGAAGAAUGGUGAUAUCAUUCUUGGAGGAAUUUUCCCUUUCCAUAAUAAAUGGGAGAUCGCACAGUCAUCCUAUUCGGUUGUGCCACCUUCAAUGAAUUGCACAAGUCUGGAAUUUAGAGCCUUUCAGUAUUCACAGACAUUGAUCUUCGCAAUAGAGGAAAUCAACAACAGUUCCUCUCUACUGCCUGGGGUCUCACUGGGCUACAAAAUCUAUGAUACCUGUGGUUCUGCAGCACUGGGUGUAAAAGUUGCAAUAACACUUGUGAAUGGAAAUGAGAACUCAACCUCAGACCAGAUCUGCACAAAGCCAGCCCAGGUGCAAGCCAUAAUAGGAGAGACAUAUUCAUCAGUGUCCAUGGCUAUAGCAAAGAGUGUUGGACCUUUCAGCAUUCCCUUAAUCAGUUACUAUUCCACCUGCGAAUGUCUGAGUGAUAAAAGGACAUACCCUUCAUUUCUACGCACUAUUCCCAGUGAUUAUUACCAGACCAUUGCACUUGCAGAGAUGGUCAAGCACUUUGGCUGGACAUGGGUGGGAGCAAUAAGAAGAGAUGAUGACUAUGGUAACAGUGGGAUGGCUGCAUUUACAAAAAUUGCAGAGCAACUGGGCAUAUGUUUAGAAUAUUCCCUUCCAUUUUUCACAACCUACUCACAAGAAAAAGUGUUGAGAAUUGUUGAGCAAAUUAAAAGCUCCACUUCUCGUGUGAUAGUGGGAUUUGUUACACCAUGGGAUCUAGAGAUUUUGCUUCAUGUAUUUUCUAAACACAACCUUACUGGAUACCAGUGGGUGGGAACUGAGGGAUGGAUUGCUGAUCCAGUGGCAGUCACAUUGGACAAGUACAACAUACUUCAUGGUGCCAUAGGGCUUGCUAUUCCCAAAGCAGCAGUAACAGGUCUCAAUGACUUUAUUUUAGAUAUAGAACCAUUAAAAUCAGCUGGGAGCGCAAUUUUUACUAAAUUCUGGGAAGCUAUGUUUUCAUGUAAAUAUGGAAUACAGAAUAAUUCAAAGGACAUACGAGUUUGCACCGGUGAAGAGAAUCUAUCUAAAAUAAAAAACACCUUUACUGACAUGUCUAUGAUGCCCAUUUUCAGUAAUGUAUAUAAAGGUGUGUAUGCAAUUGCCCACACACUACAUGAACUUCUUGGCUGCAAACAAACAUGUCCUUCAAAGAUGCAGCCUGAUCCUGUCACAUUUCUAAAACACCUUAAAAAGGUGCGUUUUAAAACCAAGGAAGGUGAAGAGGUUUAUUUUGAUAAAAAUGGUGAUCCUCCAGCAAAAUAUGAAAUAAUAAAUUGGCAAAAAAGUAAAGUAGACCAAUAUGAAUUUGUAACGGUUGGACUUUAUGACUCCUCCCUUCCUGCUCAGAAUCGAUUAGCAGUUAAUGCAGCCACCAUUGUCUGGGCACAAAAUGCACAUCAAAUGCCAAGAUCGAUAUGCAGUGAGAGUUGUCCCCCUGGCACAAGGAAGGCUGUACAGAAAGGAAAGCCUAUCUGUUGCUUUGACUGCAUAAGAUGUGCUGCUGGAGAGAUCAGUAAUGUAUCAGAUUCUAUUAAAUGUGACAAAUGCCAGCAGGAUUACUGGUCAAAUUCAGAAAAAGAUGCUUGUGUAAAGAAGGAAAUCGAAUAUCUGUCCUAUGAAGAAACUAUGGGAAUUUUAUUAACAACUGUGUCCAUUAUCGGUGCUUUAAUGACAAUUGUAAUAGCAAUUAUAUUCUAUAGAUAUAAAAAUACCCCAGUAGUUAAAGCAAACAACUCUGAACUCAGCUUCCUUUUGCUCUUCUCUCUGACUCUGUGUUUCCUUUGUUCACUGACUUUUAUUGGACGGCCCUCUGAGUGGUCCUGUAUGUUGCGUCACACAGCAUUUGGGAUCACCUUUGUUCUCUGCAUCUCCUGUGUUCUGGGAAAGACAAUAGUGGUGUUAAUGGCUUUCAGGGCUACACUUCCAGGCAGUGAUGUCAUGAAAUGGUUUGGGCCUCCACAACAGAGACUCAGUGUUCUUAUCUUCACUCUCAUACAAGUCCUUAUUUGUGUCCUUUGGUUAUCAUUAUCCCCUCCUUUUCCCUUCAAAAAUCUAAAGCACUACAAAGAUAAGAUCAUUCUAGAAUGUCACUUAGGCUCAGACUUAGGUUUCUGGGCUGUGCUGGGCUACAUAGGAUUCUUAGCCCUUUUGUGUUUUGUUUUGGCUUUUCUGGCUCGGAAGUUACCUGAUAAUUUUAAUGAAGCUAAAUUUAUUACAUUUAGUAUGCUAAUGUUUUGUGCAGUUUGGAUCACUUUUAUUCCAGCUUAUGUUAGCUCUCCUGGGAAAUUUACUGUAGCUGUGGAAAUAUUUGCAAUUUUAGCAUCAGGCUUUGGUUUAUUGUUUUGUAUAUUUCUCCCAAAGUGUUACAUAAUCAUAAUCAAACCAGAGAAAAACACAAAAAAACAAAUAAUGGGGAGGGUGCCUAUCAAAUGA